CAUCCCCUGGAAAAAGUUUCUUUCUGUAAUUUAGCAACACUCGCCGGCGUCGAAAUCGCAAUUUGUUUUCGUUUUUACGCGUUGCCAAAAACAAGGCAUUGAUUGCCUAAAUUAUUAUCUAAACCUGGCACUGCGAUAAGCCAAUUUAUUUGCUUGCAAAGGGCACUUGUGGCGCUGUAGAUAUGUGAUUUGGUGAUUCUGUUUUGGCCAGUAGCAUAUUAGCCAUCGUGUGCGUGUAUGCGUCAGUUUGUCAGCAGAGCAGCAGCAGCACGGCACGUCACGUAGCAUAAAACGGGAGAACCGCUGUAAUUGGGGAGAGGGAGAGAGGGCGAGAAGACGUAAAACGUGAAAUGUGAAAGAAGCGAGACGCAAAUUAGAAGAAAGUAGCAGAAAGCGAAAACCGGAGCACUAAUCACAAAUGAAUGGGCCAUUCUAGGCUGCCAAAUUCUAACAUACCUACCCACAUACAUGCUCACGCUCGCAUAUGUAUGUGUUCGGCGAGUGCAGCGGACGGAUACACACAUAUAUACAUACAAACACACAUGCCACUCUCAGGCAAAGCAACGGCCAGCUUUCAAUUUAUUUGAGGCAACAUCGCGAAGAGGAUCAUCUGGAGAAGCCCAUAAUUAAAGAGAAGACGCUGCGCAGCAUUUUAUUAAGCGCAGCCGAUUGACAGAAGCCAUCAGGGCGCCCAAUUCCAUAUUGGCUUCUCGGAGAGCAACUUAAUUGUAAUACCUACCUACGUUUUAAGCCUAGUUAGUAUCUAACUUUAAGCUCUACAGACAGCAGACACCAUGUGGAAUUCCGAACCAACUCACCGCCAGCAGCACCAGCACAAUGGAAACUCUACCUCCGGCGGUCCGCCCGCCACCAAACAGCUGGGCAUGACAUCGGCGAUCAGUCUAGCCGAGCCCCGGCCAGAGGAUCUGCAGCGUACAGAGGAGCUGCGCGGCUCCCUGGAACCAUACAAUGUGUUCGAGAGCCAGGACGAGCUUAACCACCGCAUGGAGAUCCUGGCCAAGCUCAACACACUGGUGAAACAGUGGGUCAAGGAGAUCUCUGUUAGCAAGAAUAUGCCAGAAUCGGCCGCCGAGAAGCUCGGUGGAAAGAUCUAUACCUUCGGUUCAUACCGAUUGGGUGUCCAUCACAAGGGCGCCGAUAUUGACGCUCUAUGCGUAGCUCCGCGCAACAUCGAGCGUACCGACUACUUUCAGAGCUUCUUUGAGGUGCUCAAAAAGCAGCCAGAGGUCACCGAGUGCCGCUCUGUCGAAGAGGCCUUCGUGCCGGUCAUCAAAAUGAACUUUGAUGGCAUCGAGAUCGAUUUGCUGUUUGCCCGGCUAUCCCUCAAAGAGAUACCCGAUGAUUUCGAUCUGCGCGACGAUAAUUUGCUAAGAAAUCUCGACCACCGUUCGGUGCGCAGUCUCAAUGGUUGCCGCGUCACCGACGAGAUCCUGGCAUUGGUGCCGAAUAUUGAGAAUUUCCGCCUGGCCUUGCGCACCAUUAAAUUGUGGGCAAAGAAGCAUGGCAUCUACUCAAAUUCCUUGGGAUACUUUGGCGGCGUUACCUGGGCUAUGCUGGUAGCCAGGACCUGCCAGUUGUACCCGAACGCAGCUGCCGCCACCCUGGUGCAUAAGUUUUUCUUGGUUUUCUCCCGCUGGAAGUGGCCUAAUCCCGUGCUGCUAAAGCAUCCCGACAACGUUAAUCUGAGAUUUCAAGUCUGGGAUCCGCGUGUCAACGCUUCGGAUCGCUAUCAUCUGAUGCCCAUCAUCACGCCAGCAUACCCGCAACAAAAUUCCACAUUCAACGUGUCGGAAUCCACCAAGAAGGUCAUAUUGACCGAGUUCAAUCGCGGCAUGAACAUUACGGACGAGAUUAUGCUCGGACGAAUUCCGUGGGAUCGUCUUUUCGAGGCGCCCAGUUUCUUUUACAGAUAUCGCCACUUUAUUGUUUUAUUGGUGAACUCACAAACUGCGGACGAUCAUCUGGAGUGGUGCGGACUCGUUGAGUCAAAGGUGCGUCUCCUGAUUGGUAAUCUGGAGCGUAAUCCUCACAUUGCCCUGGCGCACGUUAAUCCCAAGUGCUUUGAGUUCAAGAAGGGUCAGAGUGCUAACAGUUCGCAAAAUAAUAGUGGCAACGAGGACGACCUGAAACAGUCGCAGGGCAGCCAGUCCUCGGUGACAUCAGCACCCUUCUGUUCCAUGUGGUUCAUCGGCCUGGAGUUCGAGCGUUCGGAAAACCUAAACGUCGAUCUCACGGAGAGCAUACAAAACUUUACGGAGCACGUGAUGAUGCAUGGGGUAAACAUCAAAAUGCUCAAGGAGGGAAUGACCAUCGACGCUCGGCAUGUGAAACGCAAGCAGCUGUCGCUCUACCUGGACGCCGAUUUCCUCAAGCGCGAACGCAAGUCCAUGGAGAGCCACAACAACUUCAACAACACGCUCUUGGCGAAUCGCAAGCGGCUAUCCACGGAGCUGGCUCAGUCCCAGGAUUCCCUGCCGUCGGGUCAACAGUCGAGCGGCAAUCGCGGCCGGGACAGCGGUGCUAAGAUACACAGGCUCAGCGAAUCGCUCACGGAGGAAAAUUCAAAUGCCUCCAGUGAUCUGGGAGCUGGGACGCCCACCACGCCGACAGCGGCACAAAUGAAUGCCCCAAAUUUUAAGAGUUCGGGAAAGAAUGGUUCCGAAAUGGACACCUCUGAGGAUGCGCCGUCGCACAACAACGGCAGCAAUAAUGGCAACAACAACAGCAACACAGCCACAACGGAGGUGGCAUGUUCGUGACAACCGCCAACAUUGCAUCCGCCGCCGGCGCAACAGCAACCGCCACCCCAGCCCCAGCCCUCGCCCUCGCCCCAUCAUCAUCAUCAUCAGAAUCAGAAGUUCCGAAAGAACAACAAUGCGGCUGCGGCGGCCGCCUCUAAUAGCAUUUUUAACCAGCGCUCGAUUCUGCAUGCGGCUUCCAGUUUAACGGCGGCUUUAAGCAUAACCGGACACAAGCGCAAGCAGCAGCAGCAUACGACGAUGACUACGACAACAACCCUAGCAACAGCGAUCAGCAGCAGUAAUGUUGUUCAUGGCAACCAUCAUAAUAACAACGGUGCGGUUAGCAGCGGUGGCGGCGGCAGUGGCGGUGGCGGUAGCAGUGGAGGCGGCAGCGGCGGCGCCAAUGAUUUUAACAAAAUCUAUUACAUUGAUGAUGAUGAUGAUGACAACCAACAACCACAUUUGACACCCAACCAGCAACCAACAGCGACCACCAGAUCCGCGGCCACAUCAGCGACAACUAGUACACCUAAACCAUCGGUCCCUGUAGCUGCUACAGCCGCACCAUCGGCACCGACAAUUUCUUUGUAAAAAGCUAUAGCACAUACCAUUUAAGGAUUAGUUAUCAUAGUUAUUCUCUUCUCAUUGAUUUUCACGGCAUUGAUGCCAAGAAAUUAGAAGCCCACAAUAUUUUAUAAAAAGCGGUUUCUAACAUACAGCUCUUUAAAGAAGUUAUUUUAACCAUUCUUUACAAUUGUCUAAUGAAAAACCAAACAAAUCCGCAUAUGGACAUUAAGAAUCUUCAUCAAAAAAAGGAACAAAAAAACCUUAAGCCACCGUUCAGCGGCAGAGAAAGCAUUUUCUCUACAAUUUGUCUUAAUAAUAUUGUUGUACAUCUUUUUUACUUCCCCACAGCUGGUUUGAGGAGUGCGUAGAAGAUGAAGGUGGAGUAAUAGAUCAGAUACGGAAAAAGUUGAAGAUUAAGAGAGAA